AUGAAUUCUGACUGUGACUAUAACAUCAAGAGUAGCAGUAGAUAUUUCCAAUCAGAAUCGUGUACGAAACUGAAUUAUGUGUAUACAUCUCGACAGUGUGACGAGUACUUUGAAUAUUUGGAAGAGCUCCGAAGAAUCAUUUUUGGACGCAAUAACACUAUGUCGUCAGCAGAAACGUUGCCAACACACCCAAGUUCCGUUCACUAUCACACUCAAAAUGGCAGAACUCUAGUCUACGAAAUCGGAGAUUCCGCACACUAUGGCAUCACACUCUCGCAACUUCCAUCUAAAACUGAAAAAUUGGUCACAGAAACGUUUUGUGCUGAAGAACACGUACUCGCCCAACCGGAAACUUCCAAAAUCAUACCUCCGAUAUUUCCCCCGAAACUAUUUCAUCAACUACCAUCCAAUAUUGAAGAGCGCAUGAAAAAUUGCUUGCACUCUUCUUCAGAGGUUAUCAAUAGCUAUUUGAGUGGCAGCAUCGAGCAAUUAGAAAAGUUUACAACGCCUUGUGAUGAUACUGCCUUCGUUCAAAAUUCAAGCUUCAAAAUGCCAGAAAGACAGUACCACAACUCUUAUAAUUUCUCUGAUGACGAUUUUGAGGACUCUGAAAGUUUGAAUUUUGGGGUGGAUGAAUCGUUUGCAGUGUCAGAGGAGUUUGCAAAAGUCUUAGAAGAGACAGAUUCAGUUUUCGAAGAGCUUGGUGGUGACGACGAAUUCGAAGAUCGCUGGUCGAUAUCAGAUGACAAGGUGAAGAGGAUUGUGGGGAUUGUAAAACGGCAUGUGCCGCCUUCAGCAGUGAUGGUCAAUCAUCCUCCAUUAGUGGAAUACGCUCCAAAUCCCGAUCAUAAAUCCUAUAAAUGGUUGGAAAAUGAUUCUUUCAACUUCCAACUUCCUUCAAUUCUCAAUCAUCGUUCUGAACCUUUGGAACAUCAAUCGCAUUCCUCAAUUCAGGGAUCAUCUUCCAAUUCAACCCGCAAAACGUCUAGAAGCUCUACUCCGUCCCAAUCUCUUUCCUCACAAGACUUCCCAAUAUCUCCCAAUUCGAGCCGAAAAACGUCUGGAGGCUCCACUCCUCUUGCUGGAAGUGUACUUGUCAACAUGAUUGAGGAUUAUGUCAAAAUGGUGAUGGACGUCUCAAAGGCACUAGGAAAUCCCAGUGAAGCCCCUGAAGUGGUGUCAGAAGGUGUUUCCGUAGUUUUGCCGGUUUCAAAUGUGAUCGAAAAACAAAGAAAAACGGAAACCAUGGAGAGUUUGGAAACGGAAAUUGAAUCUGAAAAGGAUGAGAAACUAGAAGCCAAGAAUGAAGAUCAGACAGUGAUGUUUCCCCCAAUUGCACCAAGAAAAUCAUCAGUGGAAAAAUGGGAGAGUGCUACUUUGAAAAAGGAACGUCCUCAGAGUUUUGAAGAAUCCGCACAUUCCGAAGAGCAGAAACAUCUCGAAUUUUCUGUUGUGUCAUCAUCAGAUGUUUUUCACACCGAACCCUUCACAUUAGAAGACAUUAUUCGUUUGCGACGGUCACUCUCUGAAAGUUCAACAUUAACAAAUCACUCGGAAUAUGCUGACGCUUUAGACCACUUUGAUCAACCGUGUAGCCAAUUGGACCCCAAAAAAUCCCCACUAAAUUCUAUUUUUCACGAUGAUUUUUUGAAAACCCAAAGCGAAGACAAUACUGACGUGGACGCAGUGAACUCCAACAACUUCCUUCACUUAUCAUUCUCCCGCAUAGGAAGUACUUCUGAUAACGGAAUUAGUGAAAAAGACAGGAGUUCGAACAAUCCUGAUGUUGAAAAUAGGAAGAAAGAGGAGUCCCAGUUUUUUCGUGUGAAUAAGCAGCAGCCAGGAUGUCCAGAUGUCCCUCCGGAUGCCCAGAUUAAUGACGUCAUCGAAAUCAAAGAUUGUAAUGAUCCUCAAGAAGAUUUCCAGCUCAACCAGCUAUUUAAAAACAGCAAUACGGAUCAGGAUACCUCAGAAUCUACGGAUUCGAAUUUGGUUGCCAACAAAAGCUUUUCUUCUACGGUAACUCAUGAAAUCGAGGAAAUCGACACGAUUCAUGAAGAACCGCCAAUUUCAUUUGAUGAGUUUUCUGACGACGUCACUGGAGAACAUCUAGAUAUUCUCAAAACCAAUAAUGAGAUUAAAAAUCUAGUCGAAAACUUGUUGGCACACGUUAAAGAGGAAACCAAUAACAACAAUCCAGAGAGUGUGUUUGGCGAGAAUUUCAUUGAAGCUGAUUCCAAUUUUCACAUCAUGGAAGUUAUUGAGAAUCUGCUGACUACAGUAAGCCAAAUGGAUCAGAGACCUGUCGAGAAUUUUCCAAAUGAUGUUGAUGUGGAGGAAGCGGACGAUUUGGAGGAAGAUGAGAAAUUGGAUGAGGCGACAGAGUUGGAUUUCGGAUUGGAAUACGAUCCCCAAGCUUCCACAGAUCUGGACGAAGAUCAGAGAUCAGUGCAAGAUGAAGAAGAAAUUUUCGAGAAUCUGUUGGAUGGCAUUGCCAGCCAAGUCGAAAAGGAAAAUACAGAGACAACAAAUGAUACCGAUGAUUCGAUAGCCAUCCAAAAGGUUUCUGAACCCGGAAUUUCAAUCAUACCAGAUGAAGAACUCUUCCAGGAACCCACUUCCCAAUUUGACCCUAAUAAUUACCCCGAAACUCUCAUGGAAAAUAUUCCCGAAUCCCAUCACAAUUUCAAUUCCCCUGCAAAUGAGAAUUUUCACGGAAACGGCGAGGAAAUCAAGGACGUCAUUAUUUCGGGUAGCCUUCCAGCUGAAACCAACAAGAUCAACAUUCAAACUUCAUCAACCGAAUAUGCAUGCAGUGAAACAGAAGAAGGAAUUUCGAAUGAGCAAGAGAGCAGAAUCAGUGAUAUGGAAACAGAAAACAAUCCGUAUUUCAAUGCUAGCUCAACGGAAACGGAUACCAUGAAUUGUCAGAAAGUUUUGGAUGACGUCCCAGAUUGUGUUCCUCAAACAUCAAACACAAUCAGCCAAGUCGAAACGAACAAACUCGCCAACGAACUUGCAGGCCAACUCGCAGACCGAAUUGCCGGCGAACUCGCUGACCAACUAGCCAACGAAAUUGCCGACGAACUCGCCGACCAACUCGCAGACCAAGUCGCAGACCAAGUCGCAGAUCAACUCGCAGACCAACUCGCUGAUGAACUCGCAGACCAACUCGCUGACGAACUCGCCGACGAGGACGCUGCUCGUUUAGAUAACGAAGAGAUAUCAGAGUUUGAAACUGAACUGGAAAUCUACGAAGGAUCACCUGAACAAAAGAAUGAAGCAGACGUUCUAAACGUUUUGCAAAGCGUUUUAAACGAAGUCCUCUACGACCUGAAUGGCUCCGAAAAUGCGUGUUUCUCUUCUGACAUUCUAGAUGAAGCCCAAUCGACAUCAAGUUCUCCGAAUUUCUUGGAAACAGAACUUUCGACAGAAGCAUGGGAGGCUUUGCACUCCGUGCUGGACAAUUUGGAUGUUAUCAUCCACAAUGCUGAGAUCAGGCAGAUAGAUGAAGCUGUGGAUUUUGUUCAAGAACCUUUCGAGAUCAUUGAAGUUAAUGUGAAGAACGUGGAAGAAUCAGAAAGUGGAUUGGAGGAUUCGGUAGAAUUGGAUAUCAAGUUGGAAUACGAUGACCAAGAUUCGACAGAUCUGAACGACGAUUUAGUGCAACAAGGAGAAAUCCAGGAGACUUUGAAUGAUAUCGUAUGCAUUGUGGAUGUUGUAGAAAGCUUUCUUCUUGAAAUGUCAAAUUCGACGGACAGUGAAAAGAAGGAAACUGAAGAAGUGGUUGAAACUGGACAAGAUACUGUUACUGGAAACGUGGAUGAACCGAAAAAAGAGACUGAAAUGAUGGAUGUGACUCACGUUGGCUUUAAAUACAAGACAUUUUCCAACGAAGAAUUAGUUGACCUUCAUGAAAACAAGCAUCACGCCUAUGAAGAAAAGCUACAGGAAGACAAAUAUGACGAUCUGACCUGCACUGAGCAUGAGGAAGUCACUUGUGUAGAAGAGGAGGUUGCCGAGACGGUUGAAAUCUUGUUGAAUUCUGUGCUGGAAGAAGAAUAUGAAGUGACAGCAGCAGAUAUGGACGGAGAGGAUAGAAGCAAAGAUGUGGAAAUAGCUGAAGACGGAUACAAAAGAAAUGCCGCAGAACAUGAGCACCAGGAUGUCGAUUUUCAGAUUUUGAGUGACAGCAAAACGAUGUGCGCUAUGGAAUUGGUCCGAGGCCCUGUUGAGGACUUUGAAGUGGAAAAUGUGGAACAAGCGAACAAUCUGUCGUCUUUGAAGAAAGCCAAUGGAUUGGAGGAUGUGGCCGUGUUAAAUUUCGGAUUGGAAAACGAUGGCCAAGCUUCGACAGAUCCGAACGACGAUUCAGUGCAAAAAAAAGAAGUUCAAAUGACAUUGAAUGAUAUCCUAUGCAUUACUGACGUUGUGGAAAGUUUGCUUUUUGAAAUUUCAAACUCUAUGGAUCGUGAGCAGACUGAAACUGGAAACGAAACUGAAACUAGAAGAGUAAAAGUAUCUCAUUUUGGUGGCUCACUCCAAAAGCUGCAGAACGAAGACCCCGUCGAUCUAAAUGAAAACGAGUAUCACACCGUCAAAAAAGAGCUUCAGGAGCAAAAUCAUGGUGUUUUGGUAUGCGGGGAGAAUGAUGAAAUAGCUUAUGAAAAGGAGGUUGUUCUCAACUGUGUUUCAUCAGCUACGGAGGUUGUGGAGACGAUGGAAAACUUGUUGGAUGGAGUGACAGCAGCAGAUAUGGACGGAGAGGGUACCUUUUCGGAACAAAUCGAAAGGAUGGAGGUUUCUGAAGACGGAUUACAAGAAAACGACGAAGAACGUGAGCCCCAAGGUGUAUGGUUGCCAAUUUUGAGGGCCAAUGAGAAGAAGUUCGUUGAAGGAGACUCACAUGAAACUUUGUUUAAUGAUGUCAAUGAACCCGUAGAUUGGCAAGAUUGUGAAAUGGAGCAUCAUGAUUUCGAACAGGAGCUUCAGGAGCAAAGCCAUGCUGUUCUGGUCUGCGCGGAGAAUGAAGAAGUCGCUGAUGCAGAAAAGCAAGUUGUGCUCAGCUGUAUUUCAUUAGCUGUGGAGAUUAUCGAGACGAUGGAAGUCAACAUUCUGGAAGAAGAAGAAGUAGUGUCAGCAGCAAAUACGGAUGGAGAAGAGACCAACGACGGUCACAAAGUUAAUGGAGAAAAAUGUCAUCACCAAGAACCUCCAAUUUUGGAAGUCAACCAGAAAAAUGCUGAAGGACAUCCACACGAAACAAUGUCCAACCAAGUCGAUCUUCGAGAUUUCGAAAACGAGCAUCAUGAUUCCGAACAGAAGCUUCAGGAGCCAAACCAUGGUGUUCUGGUCUUCGCGGAGAAUGAAGAAGUCGCUUAUGCAGAAGAGAAAAUUGUGCUCAGCUGUGUUUCAUCAGCUGUGAAGGUUGUCGGGACGAUGGAAGUCUUGUUGAAUGGCAUUGUGGAAGAAGAAGAAGAAGUAGUGUCAGCAGCAAAUACGGACAAAGCAGAGAUCAAAGACGGGUACAAAGCAAAUGGAGGAAAUUGUGAGCACCAAGAACCUCCAAUUCUGGAAGUCAACCAGGAGUACGCUUCACACAAAAAAAUUUCCAACCAAGUCGAUCUUCAUGAUUUCAGAAACGACCAUCAUGAUUUCGUACAGGAGCUUCAGGAGCCAAACCGUGAUGUUCUGGUUAGCAACGAGAAUGAAGGAGUCGCUUGUGAAGAAGAAGAGGUUGUCGAGAAGGUGGAAAUCUUGUUGAAUGGUGUAGUGGAAGAAGAAGAUAGAGUGGCAGCAGAAGAUAUGUACGAUGAAGGUUCUCUUCGGAAACAAAGUCACAUGUCCGAAGACGUAGAGGAACGAAGCGAAGUACCCGAAAAAGUAAAUGACCAACAACCCCCUACUGUGUUGACUGAUUCGAUUGAGGAGCUCUCUACAUCCCAAAUCAAAUCGGAAACCAACAGUACGGCUCCAAACUCCACGAACUCCGCGACAGAAGUUUUUCUCAAUUUCGAGGAUCUUUGUGUGUCAUACCUGGAGAACUUGAUCGGUGAUCAAUUGCUUUCUGCGAUGGCUUCUGCCUCAACUAUGCUCACGUCUCAGUUGGAGCUACAAAUGGAAGUCGAAGAUAUAUACAGUAUUUCUCCAGCAGUCCCGCCACCACUAUCUGACUCAUACAGUACUUCCCCAUCCGUCCUAAAAUCAUCACCUAAGUCAUUGGAAUCGAUUCUGGAAGAUGAAGAAAUGUACAGUACUCCGCCAGGAGACUCAACUGACCCAAUGGACGCGAUUGUAAAAGACGGAACAAGUCAGGGUGGAUCGUCACGUCUAGAAGAGGAUAUUAUGUGCGCUCAGCCAAGGACUCAAAACCAUCUUUUCGACUCUAGUCAAACCAAGGAAAUCUCCGACAAGAUUGUUGAUGACAAUCAGACUUUUGAAAUCGUGGAUCCUGAUACCCAACUUCUUUUCGAGCCUUCAACCAUCAUGAACAACCAAUCCGCUUCCAUUUCGCACCUCGUGUCUGACAUCCCCACCGUUUCCAGGUCUUUAGUGCCUGAGCGUUCGAGAGGUGACGACGAUUCCGACAAACAUUUGAAUCUGCCUAAUUCAUGUCAACAACUACAAAUUGAAAAACCUCGGCCCACGCCUUGGGGAUCCAGUCUGGUUCCCGAAUCCAGCGAUUGCAGCUUAUGUACGGAUAUAUACGAUCCUGUUCCGACAAACGUGAAUUUCUCAACGGACACUUCUUCCAGUUUGAAUCCUUCGGAACAUCCACCGACUUCUUCGGUUCUGGAAGAAGUCUCCCAUUUCCUUGCUACGGCUUGUGUCGCUGCGUUAGUAUUCGUAUCACCGACAGAAAGCUCUGAUUCUACUUUCAAUAGUGACAUCAUCGAGGACGCUUCCAAAUACAUUAACAACAACAACUCAAAGCCAACUUCCUAA